AGGUUUUGAAGAAGCUAUUGGCCUUGCGUCUUCAACUUAAUUUGAUUCACAAGAACGUCGCAAUAAACGCAUGCUUGCGGUCACGUUCUUGGCAGCUGGCUGUGCAUCAUCUAGGGUCCAUUUCCUUGCAGUCAAUGCAGCCAAAUGAAGUGACCUACAACACCAUCAUCAGCACCUGCUUGGAAUGGAAGCUUGCAUUUUAUCUCCUCCGUCAUCUCCAGAAUGCUUUGAUAUCUCCGAGCACUACCACCUACAAUGCUAUGACGAGUGCGGUUUCCUGGCAGCUGUCUUGCAAGCUGCUCUCAGAGAUGAAAUUCCGCAUGCUUCGACACGACGUGCAAACAGGGAGUCCUGGGAGUGCUGGCAGUGGGAGUCCUGGGAGUUGGGAUUGUGAACUUGGACGAGUCUACCAGAUGAGAAGAUGCAAUCUGAAGCCUGAUGUGGUGAACUAUGGUAUGCUGCUAGGUCGCUGUGAUGCCCAAACCUGGCGCACUGGGAACAGCAUCCUUUGUCACAUGUCAGAAUGGCUGGUGCGACCCAAUGAAAUCAUUUUUGGCAGUUUUGUGAAUAUGAUUGGAACAACUAUGGACUGGAGGGCAUCCGUGGUGAACCUUGAUCGAAUGGCGCUACUUUGCUUGGCUCGUGACGAAUUAAGCUUCCAUGCUGGUGCAAGGGCUUGUCAGCUUGCAAGCCGAUGGGUGCACGCGAUUGGCAUUUUGAGUCAGGACAAAGAUGCAGUGGACACCAACAAAGGCUAUUGCAACUUAAUCGAAGCACAUAGAUCCAAUGGCAACUGGAAAGCUUGUCUAUCUUCCUUCCAAAGCGCAAUUUGGGCAUCCCUUGAAGUUGAUCUUCAUUUGUUGAGUGUGUCGACUAGUGCCUGCGAGAAGGCUACUCAAUGGCUGGGCGCCUCACAGCUUUUAGAAGUUUGCCAUGCCCUCAGCGCUGCAAAUGUCCAGUCUGACGGAGUGAUCCACAAUGCCGUUCUCAGUGCUGCAAGAAGUUCUUGGAGGAUGGCGUUGGCGGCUGCAACUGCGGCAGAACAGCUUCAGCUCAGCGUGGACGUGUUUGGCCUCAGUUCCAUCAUAGCUAGCGAAUUGUGCUGGGAGCGAUCUAUGAGCUUUUUGCAAAGGUCCAAAGAAACAUCAAGAAUAUCUGAUGUGUGUUGCAACAGUUUCAUCAGUGCAUGUGAGACGGGCAGCUUGGGCCGAUUGGGCCACCUCCAUGGCUGGCAGCUUGCAAUCUCUGUGCUCUACUCACUACCCUCUCUCCAGGCGGCUGCCGACUGCAUCAGCUUCAAUUCCGCGAUUAGUGUGUGCGCUGAUUCGCAGGAGUGGCAAGUAGCUAUGCAGCAUUUUCAGAGCAUGACUGACGUGCGGUUGGAUCAAGAUGCAUUCUCUUUCAAUUCUUUGACAAAGUCCUUAGAGAAAACUGGAAAGUGGGAGUUGGCACUGAUUUUGUUGGUCAUCAUGACAAACGAAAAGCGCCUGGUUCCUGAUGAAUACAGUUACAAUGCAGCCAUCAAUGCAUGCAAGUUCGCUGUUCGACUGGCAGCACAAUUCACGGGGCCAAAGAGGUGUGUGCAUGCGGCUCGAAACAGAACGGGUGGCAUGAGAAAACACCUGCUGACUGACUUUGACUGA